AUGCGGCCGCUUAGUGUUCUGCCAUUCCUUUUCACCAUUUCAUUAGCCUUUGACGCUCAAUCUCAGUGGGCUUGGAUCGAUGAAAGUUGCCAUGACAAAAUUCCUAGGUUGAAUUUGGCCGGUGAAGACUACCUGAAAUUGACGGAGGCAGCAUACAAUGCCCUAGGGGAAGGUAUCACUGAGCGCACAUCACGACUGCUCGGAAGUUUAUUUGGGACAACGGAUCCGCAGGGCCUUGUUAUCAAGAACAGAUACAAAGAUCUGAAAGGUCUUGGUGUAGAUGGAAGCAAAAUCCCAUAUUCGCUUUACUGCGAUGGAUCUGCCUUUGAAUGGACCACAACAUAUGUGGAAUGUGAGCGUGAGGGAGAAGAAAUUCCAGGUGGAGGUAUGUGGUAUGCAACACGAGGCCCUGAAAACGCGCCGGUUCUUUAUAUUCCGGGUACUAAGCGGGAACACUAUUGCCCUAGCGGCGUGGGUGGCGCGUCUAUCCCCGGGGGUUCCCAUAUAAUCCUAUGCCCCGAGGCAUUCCAGAAAAGAGCGAGUCUAGACCAUGUUAAAGAUGUGAAACAACCUGCUGGUACAAGUCUCGCUGACAUGGAGUCUACUGGUUCAAUUCUGCUACACGAGAUCACGCAUGCGAAGUUGUCGACUCAAGAUUACGCGUACGGGCUCAUCAAGUGCCUUCUUUUAUCUCGAAAUCCAAUGAAAUCUAAGAAGAACGCAGAUACAUAUGAAUAUUUUUCCCUGGGCAUAUACUUGGACAAAACUAACUGGCGCGGCGGAAUUGCUCGUGAUUCAAUUCUUGCGACGGUAUCCCAGGUGGGCUUUGGCACACGUGACGCCAAGACCGGCCAUGGAGGGGAGCGACUGCACACGCCGGAGCCGUUGACCGAUUUGGAACAAGCCAAGGAGCUAUGCAAAGAACUUGUUUUGUCCAUGUACCACCUCAGUGGGACUUGCGCCAUGAUGCGUCGGGAGGACGGCGGAGUCGUGGAUUCUCAUCUCAAGGUCUAUGGAACGACCAAUGUGAGAGUGGUGGAUGCCAGUAUCUUUCCACUGGUCCCUCGAGGAAAUAUCCAAGCUACUGUUUUCGCCGUCGCAGAGAAGGCGGCGGACAUGAUCAAAAUGGGGUAA